CUUAUCGCAGAUGCACUCACUGGAAAGUUACCGAGCGAAGUUGUGACAUAUAUUGGCAAAAGAGAUACUGGAAAACAUUUGUGGAAUUAUUUCGUGGCACAUCCGGAUGAGGUGAAAUACGGAGUGGUGGACACCUUGGAGUAUAUGAGUUCAGCGAUGGCUUAUUGGAAUUCUGAAGACGAUAUCGAUGAGGUUCUUUUCAUUCGACGUUUACAUUUACGUUUCGUUCUCUCCUUCUAUAGAGGAGUCGGCUCUGAUCGCUGGCCUCAUCUUUUUAAAACUCUCAAAAAGAUUUAG